GCCUUAAUCCGGAUUCAAUUGCUCGCAGCUGUGUGUCGUUAACUGGCUACGUUCUGGUUGGUCAGGGCAGGUCACCUGUAACACUUAUAAACCUUUCACAGGAUCCCGGUGGUACCUGAGCUGUUCAUUCAACAUGAUGGCUGGUUGGGGUGCUGCACGGGCUUUGCUCCUUGUUCUGCUGACUGGUUGGAGUUACAGCUACCCUGUAAACCAAGGCACUUCCUGGGCUGUUCCACCUCCCAGUCCCUUUUCUCCUGGGACAUCCGGAGGACCUACCACUGAUAAGCUUGACUACAGCGUACCUGCCCCUCAAUUCCUUGGUGCUGUGAGCCGGCCUGACUAUUCUGUUCCACAGUACCAGGCAGGGGAACUGAUCGAGGAACAGAAAACCUUUGAGAAUGGCCACUAUGAUUCUGAGACAAAAGAGGGAGGUUCCUUGCCACCACCACCACCACCUCCUGUCUACCCUGCACCACCUUCACCAGGCUUUAGUGGUGGACUUGUAACACAAGGCGUGGUACCUUACCCACUUCAGUACCCUUCCUAUGACUUCCUUUUCCUGACUGGCCAGUAUCCUCAAGGCACGUAUACUCAAACCAGCAAAAGCUUUGAGCAGGGAAGGGACACCUGGGAGAACGCUCACUACACAGGGGACAACGCUCCCAGAACUCAGCAGGCCGUCAAGCAGGUGAGUAUUGGGAGGGGUAGUCAUGGUCUGAGUGUCAACUGGACAACAGUGGCAUUGGUGUACGUGGUUGUUAAUCGCUGCUGGGCCGAUCAUGCCACGGGUACUGGUCUGCUUCAGUUGGCAAGAUUUUCAGAGCUUGAGAUUAACAUGUUUCCUUUCCUCUUUCAGGUUGGCUAAAGGGAGCAUCUGAAG